GGCGGACGUGAAUGAUACACUGUUGUGCGCUUGCGGACGGACAGGUCUCACUAUAAAACAUGAAAUCGGUUCAGGUGCGUUAUGUCCAGGUGACUACUCCGUCCUAAUUUAUUCCGCUACUAAUCAAUCAAUCUAGCAAACAAAAAGUAUAACAAAUAGUAUAUAUGUGGGAAAACGACACACUGGUUCAUUGGAGAACAUUUUAAUAGGCUACAAUUGGUUAAAACGAAAUGUGCAAACUAAUAGUGACGGUCUUAUUAGACUUCUCUAACCGCGUCUAUUCGAAAUAUUGAACAUUUUGGGAACUUCACGCCUUGUCAUUUUCCUUAAAAAAUAUCCUGGGAGUGUUAAACGCAGUUACUCGAACUGAUGACCGAGGCUACUUCUUUAAAGGGGCUUUGGAAGUGAAGCUCCAGUCAAACUUGCCACUUCAGGACUGUUACAGAAGAGAGCUUUAAGCUUUCAGAAAGAGUUUUCUUUCGAAGAAAAGGGUGAAUUAAUCAGGAGCUCCAACGAUAUAGAUGUGCAUCUUUUGGCCGUCCUACCAAAAGUUUCAGAAUUAAGAAAGCGGUUUGAGAACAGCUCAGACGAUUCGGAAAUGAACAGGAAGGAGAGGAUUGCUCGGCGUCUGGAGGGCAUCGAGGGCGAUGUGCAACCCGUCCUGCUGCCCACCUGUCCUGGCCUGGUCACCAACCGUCUGCUGGAGGAGGACACCCCACGAUACACCCGCGCGUCUGACCCCUGUGACCCCUGCGCAGUCCCUCUCCGUCCGUACGGCAGGGACGAGGCGGACAGCCCGGAGAUGCAGGCGUCUUCCUCGGAGCGGCAGUCCCGAGCGCGGUGCCGCGCCGAGCCCCAGGCCUUCCACGCCGAACCCGCAUACGGCGAUGCGGCGGGCCUGGAGUCCAAGGCGGAGAGGAUCGCCCGCUACAAGGCGGAGCGCCGGAGACAGCUGGCGGAACGCUACGGCAUCUCCCUGGACGUGGAGCCGGACGCGGACUGCACUCCCCGCCACGCCCGCACGUACAGGGAGCCUGAACCCUCGGAGAGACCGGAGCCGCCGGAGCGUGACCCCGCCCGGGAAAGCUUUUCGGAGCGGGAGAGGAUGCUGAACCUGGAGAACUACAAGCGGGCCCAGGACAGAGGCCUGAGGAGCAGUCCCCUCGACCAGCCGUGCUACAUGGACGUGUCCACCUCCGCCAGAACCCCGGCCAAGGACUUCACGGUCACUGGGGUGCCUGGCUCAUCCCCCACGGCAGGGCGCCGGUCCUCCCUGCCUUCCCCGAAAUAUGCCGCUACGGCCGGGGACCUCUUUAUAGAGCAGCAGGCCCACAACGUCCUGCAGAGACAGGGCCCUGACUGGUUUCUCCAGACAGACUCGGAAGGCGACACGCACUCCGUUAUCAACUGGCCCUCCAGAAUCAAAGUUAGAGAGAGGCUGGCUAAAGAGGAGAGCGUGCGGAGGAGUCCCGAUCUGGUGUUGGACUCACUGCCGACCCGACGGCACGCGUACGCCUCGCGGGCCGAUCCUCUCGUCCCCCACCCGGGCCAAGGCGGCUCACGGUACGCCACCUCACCGUACGACGUCAGGUCAGAGACAGGCCCCAGGGACGAUGACUGCCAGACCUACCUCUCCAUGCCGAGCGUCUCGGAAGCGAAGAGCGGAGGCGCGUGGAGGGAGGAGGAGGAGGGAGACGCCCCGGCUGAGAGGACGGAGGGGCUGCUGAGGAGCAGGAAGGCGGUGCUGCCGUCGGAAAUCCGCCGCAGGGAGAGGAGCCAGGACGGCAGGGUCCGGAGCCUGCCCGACGACAACGAGCCUCCCGCGGUGGGAGAGGCCCGCCAGAGCCGGGUGAGGGAGCCCCUGUGGAGGAGAGACGACGCGGGUGCGCCUCCUCAGAGGGGAAGGGACGUGGCCUCAGCCAGGCUGAAACCGCUAGCUCACUCCACGUCAGACUCCACGCCCUCUCAGUCGCUCAAACUCCACGACUCCGGGCCGGGCGAAGGCUCCGGAGACUUCCGCGCCUACGAGGUGGGAGUGUCCAACGGCGAGCUCGGCCCUCCGGACGCCAAGGUCUCCGUGGCUCAGCUCCGCCACUCCUACCUGGAGAGCACCAGCGCCUCCCGGAGGCCAGAACUGGAUGGUAUGGUUGACCCGGCUGCAUCGGGUUCCGAUGCAUCCGAGUGGACUCAGUGGGACAGGGGUCCUCGGAGGCCAAGGAGCUAUAUCUCUCCGGGGGAAAGUAGAAAGACCUCUGACAGGUUUAGGACACAACCCGUCACCUCCGCAGAGCGCCGGGAGUCCGAUAGGUCCUGCUUGAGUCCUGUGCUAGCGACCGAAGCAGAUGAAGAGAAGCUUGACGAGAGAGCCAAGCUCAGUGUGGCAGCCAAGAGGUCCCUCUUCAGGGAGCUGGAGAAGAGCACCUCAGUUGGAGCCCCUAAGCCUCGCUCCCGUAACGCAGCCGUGGAGCGCCGGCUGAGGCGCACCCAGGACCGCUCCCGCACCCAGCCGGUCACCACUGAGGAGGUGGUCAUCGCAGCCACAGCCCCCUCCUCCUCGCACACGGGGACGGUCCUCGCGGCUGUAGCGCGCCUCCCUAGCCCCGCUGUAGUCAGCAGCACAGUGUCGCCGCUCAGUCUGCAGGCCACUUCCCAGCAUGCAUCAGCAGCUCGGGAGAAGGCCCGUGAGGCUCGGGAAGCCCAGGAGGCGCGAGAGGUGCAGCAGGCCCGGAGUUCUCUCGUCCCAUCCGAGGAGGUCCAAGAGGAGCCUGACCUCUGCACCCUCAGCUUGUCCGAAAAGAUGGCGCUCUUCAACCGCCUGGCACAGCCUCCUACCAAGGUCACCAGGACCAGGACCGACACACGGCAGCGCAGGAACAACGCCCGCUACCAGACCCAACCCAUCACCCUGGGAGAGGUGGAGCAGGAACCAAAAUCCACAGGUCCUUCUGAGCUGGCAAACGGCACUGUAGAGCAUCUGACAGGAUGGUAUUACCCUGAACAACUACAGCAUGGAGGGGGACACAAAUUUGGAUUGCUCUCCACUGCGGAGCCGACGACCAGCUCCUCUACAGUAACCACGUUCUCCUCGGCCCACGCCGGAGACAUCCACCUGGGCAGGUCUACAGUCAUGAUGGAGGCACCACCACAGUCUAGCGCCAUUUACUAUGAGAGGGCCACACCCAAGCACCACAGCCCCAGCCCAAGCCCAGAAGCUGGCACCAAGGGAUCUCCGCUUCCCCCAGAGCAGCAUCACUACAGCCCCCACCAGCCGGAGGAUUCUCAAGCCUUUCACAGAUAUGCGGGGCCCGGGGAGACGUCGGGCGACGGCGGCAAGCGGAAGCUGCCCUCCCCAGACGGCGACGUCCGACAACAGUCGCAGCCCCAGCCUGGCCGCGAGCUCGACGAGGACUUCCGCGUUCAGCGGCACGCCAGCCCGCCGGCCGGGAGUGUGGGCAAGGGAACGAGUCCCCGCUCCCUGCAGAAGGCCGAGAGCGCCGUUUUCGAGGACAGGCUGGAGCGCCGGGGCCCCCUGAGGGAGACUCAGUCCUCACACCAGCUCUACGAGGCUGAGGAUGUGCCGAGGAUGAAGCUCACCUCCUCAGAGCUGCCAGAGGCCAGUUUCUCAGUGAGCGAGGCGACGACGGUGAGGAGCGUCCCUUCCUCUCAGGCUCCCCAUGCACUCUCUCCUCUGCGGCUGAGUGGGGACGGCGAGCUCAUCCUCCUGGAACAGCACAGUCCCCCAGAGCCUGACGACCCGUCCGACACCAUGUCCACGCGCCAGAUGUCCAUCAAAGAGAGGCUGGCUCUGCUAAGGAAGAGUGGUGAGGAAGACUGGAGGAACCGCAUCAAUAAGAAGCAGGAGGUGGUGAAUGCAGGAGUGACCGAACACCGCACACAGCUAUGGGAGGCGGAGCAGAGCUUCAAGAAGAAGGAGGAACCAAUGAUAAUUGACGAUCUUCUGCAGGAGCCAGUUUAUGCUUCAACCUACUCCCCUCCUCCAGUAUCUGCUGGGGAUAUAUGUCAGUAUGUUGAUGACCAGGCCAGUUCCCUCAAUGCUAGGGAGUUCUGCGCCCUGCAGAUGGACACGCGUCACCCAUGGAGACUGAAGAGGAUGGGAGAAGAUACGGAGGCACAGAUGAGCAUCGAGGAGAGGAAAAAGUUGAUCUCCGCCCGGGAGGACGCCUGGAAAAACAAAGGCAAAGGGGCAGCAAACGACUCCACCCAGUUCACGGUGGCCGCCCGCAUGGUGAAGAAAGGUCUUGCAGCUCCUUCUGCUAUCUGCCCUGUACUCUCUCCUGUGUCCUCCAAAACAAAGACCACCAUGCCAGCAGUCUCCAAGCCCCAAGAAGAAAUUGAAGCCAGGCCAGAUAUGAAUCUGGAGUCUGACCAAAAGCUUGAUAAGCUGGAGUCAUUCUUGGGAAAGAUUAAUAGUAAAGUGUCUGGUGUGCCGGAUGCCACUGUGACAGUGACUGAAAAGACCGUGAAGGAAGUGAUGAAGCUGGACGACGAGAUCUUCUCCAAAUUCUACAGCCAGGUGGACGACCUCCCUCACCUCUCCAGCAAGAUCGAGAUCGAUGACGACUUUGAUGCUAUCUUCGGUUCCCAAAUCCCCAAGUUGACCUCGGCUGUGGUCCAGCACAAGCUUGCGGUGCGGCCGGCCCGUAAUGUCCAGUGCUCCAGGAACCCUCUGAAGAUCCUGGCUGCUAGGGAGGACAUCCGCCACGAGUACACUGAGCAGAGGCUGAACGUGGCUCUGCUGGAGUCCAAGAGGAUGAAGGCGGAGAAGAUGAGUAAGAACUCUGGCUACUCACAAGUGGCCCUGGCUGGCCUGGCCAGUAAGGAGAACUUCAGCAGUGUCAACCUGCGCAGCGUCAACAUCUCAGAGCAGUCGUCCAACAACAGCGCUGUGCCCUACAAGAAGUUAAUGCUCAUGCAGGUCAAAGGCCGGCGCCAUGUUCAGACUAGGCUGGUGGAGCCCAGAGCCUCGUCCCUGAACAGCGGAGAUUGUUUCCUCCUGGUCACGCCCCACCACUGCUUCAUCUGGACUGGGGAGUUUGCCAACGUCAUAGAGAAAGCUAAAGCCUCUGAGCUAGCCACCUUCAUUCAGACAAAGCGGGACCUAGGUUGCAGAGCCAACUAUGUGCAGACCAUUGAGGAAGGGAUAAACACACACAGCCACGCAGCCAAAGACUUCUGGAAGAUUCUAGGAGGACAGACCGGCUACCAGUCUGCCGGAACGCCCGAGGAGGAUGAGCUGUACGAGAGCGCCAUCGUGGAGACCAACUGCAUCUACCGCCUCGUGGAGGACAAGCUCGUCCCUGACGACGACUUUUGGGGGAAGGUGCCCCGCUGCACCCUUCUCAGCUCCCGAGAGGUGCUGGUGUUUGACUUUGGCAGCGAGGUGUAUGUGUGGCAUGGGAAGGAGGUGACGUUGGCUCAGAGGAAGGUGGCCUUUCAGCUGGCCAAACACCUGUGGAACGGUACUUUUGACUACACCAACUGUGACAUCAACCCGCUCGACCCAGGGGAGUGCAAUUCUCUCAUACCCAGGAAAGGCCAGGGUCGUCCGGACUGGGCAGUGUUUGGCCGGCUGACGGAACACAACGAGACCACCCUGUUCAAAGAGAAGUUCUUGGAUUGGACAGAGGCAAAGAAAUCUCCUCCAAAGAACGGCACUGAGCACGUGGCUGAACUAAAAGAGCAGCAUGGUAAUGAGAACCGUCCCUAUGAUGCAACGCUGAUGCUCCCCCUCCUCCAGAAGGCGGUGAACACGGUGCUGGACGGUGUGGACGUGGGCCGGGGCUACGGGCUGGUGGAGGGGGACGAGCGCCGCCAUUUUGAGAUCAGCACGCUCUCGGUGGACGUGUGGCACAUCCUGGAGUUCGACUACAGCCGCCUGCCCCGGCAGAGCAUCGGCCAGUUCCACGAGGGCGACACGUACGUGGUGAAGUGGAAGCACAUGGUGAGCACGGCAGUUGGAAAGAGACAGAACCCGGAGCAGCUGCGGAGCACAGGUGCUGGGAAGGAGAAGUGUGCCUAUUUCUUCUGGCAGGGCCGUAACUCCACAGUGAGCGAGAAGGGCACGUCGGCCCUGAUGACCGUGGAGCUGGAUGAGGAGAGAGGGGCUCAGGUCCAGGUGCAGCAGGGAAAGGAACCCCCAUGUUUCCUGCAGUGCUUCAAUGGUGGCAUGAUUGUGCACUCAGGAAAGAGGGAAGAGGAAGAAGAGAACGCACAAAACGACUGGCGUCUGUACUGCGUGCGAGGGGAGGAGCCGGUGGAGGGCCACCUGCUGGAGGUGCCCUGUCACUGCAGCAGCCUGCGUUCCCGGGCGUCCAUGUUGGCUCUCAACGUGAACAAGGCCAUCAUUUACCUGUGGCAGGGCUGCAAGUCGCAGGCGCACACACGCAACGUGGGCCGCACCGCAGCCAACAAGAUCAAAGAGCAGUGUCCCCUGGAGGCGGGUUUACACAGCAGCAGCCGGGUGAGCAUUCACGAGUGUGAUGAAGGAGCAGAGCCCGCAGGAUUCUGGGAAGCUCUGGGCAGGAGAGACCGGAAGGCUUACGACUGCAUGCUACAAGACCCAGGGAAAUUCAACUUCACACCACGGCUUUUCCAGUUGAGCAGCUCUUCAGGGGAGUUUGUUGCCACAGAGUUCAUCUACCCCUCCAGGGUGCCUGAGCUGGUCACCUCACUGCCCUUCCUCCAGGAGGACCUGUACACAGCAUCCCAGCCAGCCCUGUUCCUGGUGGACAACCACCAUGAAGUUUAUCUGUGGCAGGGCUGGUGGCCCCAGGAUAGUGAGAGCACGGGCUCUGCCCGAAUUCGAUGGGACGGAGACCGGAAGUGUGCCAUGGAGACAGUGCUACAAUACUGCAGAGAGAAAAAUGAGAAGAAGCCCCCGAAGUCGUACCUGAUCCAUGCUGGUCUGGAGCCGCUCACCUUCACCAACAUGUUCCCCAACUGGGAACACCGUGAGGACAUAGCAGAGAUAACUGAGAAGGAAGCGGAGGUGUGCAACCAGAUCAUCCUGGUGGAGGACGUGCUGGCCCGGCUAUGCAAGGCCACCUACCCCCUGGCCGACCUGCUGGCCCGCCCGCUACCGGAGGGUGUGGACCCCCUUCGCCUGGAGAUCUACUUAUCAGAUGAGGACUUUGCGGGUGUAGGGGCUUCUGGGAAGAACGCGCUGGAGAUGACGAGGGACGAGUUUGAAGCACUCCCGGGGUGGAAGCAAGUGAACGUGAAGAAGGCCAGAGGACUGUUUUAAAGGAGGGAGUUCUGUUCUGUCGACAGUAGUUAGGAAGGUGUGGGACUGGACCUGCCACUGAGAUCACUUUAAACCCCUGAAUUCACUCCGACACAUACAUACAUACAUGCAUACAUACACACACACACACACACACACACACACACACACACACACACACACACACACACACACACACCCCUUCGCCCUCCCCUCCACCGAAGACCUUAGGAAUGGACUUUCCCAGAUGGUUCUCAGGGGCAAGGGAAGGAGGAGGGAAAAGUAUUUUGAGGAUAUCUGGAGGUUUGCCAGCCUCUUGUAGCAUUUUUUUCCCCCCCUCUCUGUUCCAUUUUGUAUUGUAUUCUUGUCAUUUGGUAACAGUCUGGGAGAGCCGCGAGUAUUUGUGGAGUGGGGGCUGCCUGUGAUUGGUGUAUUCUUUAACAUGCACUUAUUAGUUCAGUACCAAGCCACACAUAGCCCUCUCCCAGAGCACUCCCAACUGACCUCCAGUGGCGUACUUAUAGGCUCGCUUCGAUAACGCGCUCUCUCCGAGGUGUUAUUUUGUGUGCGUUUGUGUGUUAUAAAUAAUUUUUAUUUAAAUAAGCACCCUAUUGGAAAAUAUAGUAUUCUGUGAAAAAAAGAAAAAAGAAACUGUAUUCACUUUGAAGGGUGUUGUGUCAUAUGUUGAUUAGUGGACAGAUAAAAUAUCUCUCCUGUCAAAGGAACUCUUCGUGCCACUUACAGUAUGAACUGUGUCAUGCAUCCUGAACUUCCUGUGGUAAUUAUAGUCUCCUUUGUUGCCUUGUGGGUGCUAAUGUCAAAGAAAUUGUAAAUGGCAUGGAUUUUCUGAACACUUCUUUCCCUACUGAUUCAAAAAAAACAUGUAUAGUGCCUUGCUUUUGUGUACAGUUUAUAUACAGAAAGUUGCUAGUCUGCAUUUUGAAGACUUUUUUUGUGAUAAAUAUUGAAAAUAAACACUGAACAUUGUAAAUCUCAA